AUGUCUUCAAAGGAGAUCAACAAUGACGACACAGAUCCUGGCUUAAUUUCUCCCAAGUUAACCAUUGUAAUAGGGGACACUAGUUUCCUUGAAGAGAAGACUCUACUUGUACAAAGCUGUGACUAUUUUCAAGCUUUGUAUCGCUCUGGAAUGAAAGAGUGCUACCAAGAAGAAAUCCACAUCCACUGUCUUCAAGCUCGGGGAUUUGUAAUUGCAUUAUCUGUUUUACGAGGAGAUCAACCAGUUUUGGAUGCAGAUGACAUCAUUGAGGCCAUAGAGUGUGCUUCGUUCCUUCAAGUUUCUCCACUAACUAAACAUCUUUCUAAUAUUAUUGACUCUGACAACUGCUUGCUAAUGUACCACACAGCUGCCACAUAUGGUUUGAUGGAGGUUUACUACAAGUCGGCACAAUUCAUAAGAAACAUGUACAAUGAUUUUGAGCUAGAGGUGAAAAAAACUUUGCCAGUUGAGCUAGUGUCUUAUAUUGAAUCGUUAACUCCUAGUACUUUCGUUGCUGUAGGGGCUCACGUAACUUGCACAGAUGGCAAAACAAUCCAUGCUGCAUCUAGGACAAUUUGUUAUCUUGAUGAAAAUGCUAAUAGCUGGGAAGUACUGACAGAUCUUCCAUUAGCCGCUAGCACGUCGUUAGCUGGCGUUACUGUUUUGGAUAACAUGCUUUACAUUGUAGGAGGAAUACAUGGAGUUCACAAAGAAGUUGCUGAUGUUUCUUUUUGUUUCGAUGUUUCAAAGAACACCUGGACCAAGAUUGCAAGCCCAAACCAGUUGCGGUAUAACUUCAGCCUUAUUGGACUCGACGGACUACUUUAUGCCAUUGGUGGAGAGUAUAAUCGAGUUGCAAUGUCAUCAGUAGAAAGUUACAAUGUUAAGAAAAAUACAUGGGAAUUUGUGGCCCAUUUGCCUCGUCCUGGAGCAGGAGUAGCAUGCACCAAAGCUUUAGGUUGGAUUUUUGUUUGUCUAUGGAAGCCAGUGGAGACUACAGAGAUCUAUAAGUACAUCCCAAACAAGGAUAAGUGGUGUAUAGUUACAACGCUAAUCAGGAAGCAAAGUUACGGUCACUGCAUGGUUGGACACAGGGAUAAUUUGUAUGUGAUGAGAAACGGGCCGUCAGAUGACUUUUUGAGAUGUUUAAUGGAGUGCUACAAUCUUACAACAGGACAGUGGACGACAUUGCCGGGACACUAUGCUAACAGCAAAGGGUCAUUAUUCACAGCUGUAGUAAGAGGAGACUCGGUGUUGACACUUAACAGGAGUAUGACGCAGGAGUAUGUUGUAGACAAAAAAACAUGGAAGCCCAGGCGACAGAUGAAAGGUUUUCCAAGAAGUGGAUCAGUUUGGACGUUUCUUCUCAAGCUGCCAGAGAAAAACAUGAUGUAA